AUGAGGCUUCUCUGCCUGCUGCAGCUGCUCUGCUUGGCUGGUUGCAGUGCUUCCAGAUCCAGAGACUGGGCUCAUCAUGGUGCCCCCAUGUUUGCUGACCUCACAGUGCGUGAGAUGAAACACGUCCGGGCCUACCUGCACGGUAUACCAGAGCUGGGGCUCACUGAUGCUCGUAGCAAGACUCUGAAGAAGAACAACAUCCUAUUGAUAGAACUCCAUCUGCCAAGGAAGCAUGAAGCCUUGAGAGCUCUGGACUGCGGACAGGCCAAACCCCCACGUGAAGCCCGUGUGGUCAUUCAGUUCGGAAACCAGACCAAGCCCAACAUCACUGAGUACAUUGUGAGUCCUCUGCCAUCCCCAAAGUCCCACAGAGUCAAGACGUUUAAGGGGGAUAGGCCUAUCCAGUUUGAGUCAAGGCCUAUUACUGCUGUAGAGUACCACCAUAUUACUGACAUCCUGGACAAGAUCACAACCAAAGUUCACAAGCUACUGUUUGAGACCACAGGAGGGUUUUCCUUCACCAACUGCACUGACCGCUGCCUGACAUUCUCAGACAUAGCCCCUCGUGGGGAGGGUCCAGGUGAGAGGAGGACCUGGAUCAUGUUGCAGAAGUUUGUGGAGGGUUAUUUCCUCCACCCAGUUGGGUUUGAGAUAUUGAUCAACCACCAGGACCUGGAUCCAGAAAAGUGGACUGUGGAGAAGGUCUGGUACAACAGCAUGUACUUUGACAGUGUCGAGGAACUGGUAGAAAAGUAUGAAUCAGGAGGUGUGGAGAAGGUCAAACUGCCAGAUCAUGAUGACAACGACUUCUUCUCCACCUACAUCCCCCGUGGUCAGAGCAACACCCCCACUGAUAUCCAUGGGCCAAAGCUUGUGGAGCCCCAGGGGCAUCGCUAUUAUCUUGACCACAAUUUUGUCGAAUACGCUGGAUGGUCUUUUGCCUACAGAGUCCGCUCAUCGGCUGGUCUUCAAGUCUUUGACCUCCGUUUUAAUGGAGAAAGGAUUGCCUAUGAGAUCAGCCUCCAAGAAGCGAUUGCUUUCUAUGCAGGUGAUACUCCCGCAGCCAUGCAAACAAAAUACAUCGAUGCUGGCUGGGCAAUGGGCACCUCAACCUUCGAGCUGGCGCCUGGAAUUGACUGUCCAGAAAUUGCCACCUUUGUUGACCUUUACCACUACUUUGAUACAGACAAACCUGUGCACUACAAAAAUGCACUCUGUAUUUUUGAGAUGACCACUGCUCUCCCGCUGAGAAGACAUUUCAACUCCAACUUCCAGGGGGGAUACAACUUCUAUGGAGGGCUGGAAAACACUGUGCUGGUGUUGCGGACGACCUCAACAGUUUACAACUAUGAUUACAUCUGGGACUUCCUCUUCUACCAGAAUGGGGUGGUGGAGGUAAAGGUCAGUGCUACCGGGUAUAUCCACGCCACUUUCUUUACACCUAACGGACUUCACUAUGGUACUAAGGUGUACAACUAUGUGCUGGGAAACCUGCACACACACCUCAUCCAUUAUAAAGUGGACCUGGAUAUUGCUGGUCGAGAGAACACUUUUGAGACGAUGGAUCUGAAAUUAGUCAACUUCACUAAUCCCUGGAGCCCAAAGAAUUUCGUUGUCCAGUCCAAACUCCACAAGACAGAGCACAAGACCGAGCGAUCUGCCGCUUUCCGCUUUGGCAAAAAGUUCCCCCGCUAUGUGCACUUUAACAACCCCAAUGAGAAAAAUAAAUGGGGGCACCAGAAGAGUUACCGUAUUCAGUUUAACUCACAUGCUCACAGUGUCCUUCCAAGAGGCUGGAAAGAGGAAAAUGGCAUCAGUUGGUCAAGGUAUCCUCUGGCUGUGACUCGUCAUAAAGAUAGUGAAGCCACCAGCAGCAGCAUUUACACCCAGAAUGACCCCUGGAAGCCUGUUGUGUCAUUUGAGGACUACAUACGCAACAAUGAAGACAUAGUCAACCAGGACCUGGUGGCCUGGGUGACAGUGGGGUUCCUGCACGUGCCUCACUCAGAAGACAUCCCCAACACGGCAACACCCGGCAACGCAGUGGGCUUCUUCCUCCGACCUUUCAACUUCUUUGACGAAGACCCUUCGGUGGCAGCCAGAAGCACUGUCAUCGUCCGGCCGGACAAGGAUGGCAAGCUCAAGGUCCAGAGGUGGACACCUGAGGUCGUUGGACACUGUGUGACAGACAAGCCAUUCCUCUACAAUGGCACUUAUGCAGGAGUCUAG